CCUCUGUAGGGAAUGAACAUAAAGAUCAUAGAGCGCAACCACCAAAGGAUUUUUGCUGCGCUGUCCUGUAAUAUAAAAAUGAGCUGAAAAGCGGCACACGCGAUGUUAACAACUGCAGCCAUCCAACAAAGGUGUAUAUCACAAUUUCAGAAUCUAAAAUUUCACAGUAAGUUCAAGCAGGAAAAAUUAAAUUAUAUUAAGCUCAAAGCUCACCACUAAAUAAUGGCACGAAGCAAACGUGGGGCACGUACCACAGAUCAAAGAAAACCCAAGCCUGCAAAAUUUAUCAAAAUUAUGUAUUGAUUUAUUCUCCAUUAUUUUUUAUUUAAGUACAAGAUUACAGCAACUAGAUACAGGUUAAUGAAUAUAAAUUUUUUUUAAAUGAAGUAUUGAUUCAAAGCGCUAAUACGAAAUAUGAAAAUAAAUAAUUUAAAAAAAAACUUACGAUAUUCACCAAGGCAAUUAUAUAAGCGCCGUGACAAGUCGCAAUUUUGAAAUUUAGUGCAGAAGUAGCCAGUUUGGAUAUUUUUUUAAUAUUACUUAUUUUAUAAAAUAUCUUUUAUUUUCAAUCAGCAUCUAAUUUAAAAAUGGCUCUAUUGAAAUUAACAGUAGCUUUUUAUUUACAAAUAAAAUUGAUGUUAACAAUAAUUUAUUUACGAAGAAAAAAUAAUGAAAUAAAAUGCCAAGCAAAAAAUUUGUUAUCAAUUUCCUCUGACGGGGGGAUUUUGCUGUCGCUAUCGCGCGGCACCAAUUCAAUCGCUUUUCCGCGUCAAUGGACCAAAUUUCUGUUGUUGGCUGUUAAGCUUCAAUAGGCAUAAGAUUCUCUUUGUCGUCAUGCACAGAGCAGAAAAACAGCGCCGCAUCAAUACAACUACCAUGGAAUUGAAUUGGCAAUUGAAGUUAUUGUCCCUACUGUAUAUUACAAUGACUAUUGAUGCGAUACAAGAAGUAGCGUAUUGCUAUAAAACUAAAUUUGGAUGUUGUGAUCAAAACAUGGUGACACCAGCCCACGGACCCAACGGAGAGGGCUGCUGCAUCAGCUCUAAAUUUGGUUGUUGCCCAGACAACAUUUUGCCAGCGGUUGGACCUAAUCUUGAAGGCUGUGAAUGUUCAAAAGCAAAAUUUGGCUGCUGCCCAAAUGGUGUUGACUAUGCCAAAGGCUUGAACAGAGAUGGUUGCGGCUGCCAGUAUACAACACAUGGCUGCUGCCCUGACGGAGUUUCUGAGGCCAAGGGAGAAAUGUUUGAAGAAUGCGCCGACGCAUCUAAAUUCUCUGGAGAGGCUUGUGAUCUACAAAAAGAUAGAGGAACGUGCAAAAAUUUCACUAUCAUGUGGUUCUUUGACUCUGUAUAUGGUGCAUGCUCGAGAUUCUGGUAUGGUGGCUGUAAUGGCAAUAAUAACAGGUUCAACUCUGCUGAAGAUUGCAGAAAGGCCUGCGUUGAACCUGAGGGCCGAGACGCAUGUUUUCUGCCAAAAAUUCCUGGACCAUGCGAGGGUUACAACCCUACUUGGUACUUUGACAGUGACACCAAACGCUGCAGCGAGUUCAUUUACGGAGGCUGCUUGGGUAACAAUAACAAGUUCGAUAUUAUAGAAGAGUGCCAGCAAAUGUGCGAAUAUGUCGAAAUAAAAGAUCUUAAACAAGACCGGUCAAUUCUUAAUGGUCUCAACUCAAGUCCAAGAAGAGAUGCAGAUGUUUGUCAAGAGACUGCGUCUUUCCCUUAUGAUGUUGGAAACAGAGAUGUAAAAUUAUUGGCACUCUGGAUGUUUGAUACAAAAGCGAAGCGUUGCUUGCCUUUCUACAAAGAGUUACGUUUACCAAUCCGUCGCAACAAUAGUCAAACACCAUUUGAUGACAAUUACUACAACAUGAGCGUUCAAAACCAAAGCCCAUGUUGGCUGCCUAGAGACUCAAAGGCGUGUGAACAAUAUGAAAUCCAGUAUUUCUAUGACUCGAGCACCGACUCGUGCCACUCAACAAGUGCUGGCGAAUGCCUGUGGAACGCAAAUCGCUUUCAUAGCAAAGAUCAAUGUGAGCAGAGGUGUCGUCAAGAUGUCCAUGUUUCAACACAAUUGAGAUCAACGACUGUUGAGAACAAAUGCAAACUUAUUCCCGAUUCAGGCGAUUGCAGCGAAGAGGUUUUGGCCUGGUUCUACAGUGCUAGUGAAAAUUUAUGUCAUGCGUUCAUUUACACAGGCUGCGGGGGAAACAGCAACCGCUUUGAAUCCAAGCUUGACUGCCAAAAAUCGUGCUCUCGAAAAAAAGAUUUUUGCAAGCUGCCUAUUGAGACAGGAACUUGUGACGAAAUCCACAGUCGGUUUUACUUUGAUUUGGAAAAAGGCGAGUGCAAAAACUUCAAUUACUCUGGUUGUGGAGGAAAUCGAAACAACUUUUUUGAUGUGGACUCGUGCAUAUACUAUUGUGGUAGCAAAAAAGACUGUUCUAACUACAUAUUUAUCAGCGAAAAGAAGUGCACCAGCAAGUUCCCACUAGCUUGGGAUCCCACUGUGCGCGUUGUUGCAGAGGGAGGUGAGUGCACCCUUAGAUGCAGUUUGAACAGUGGCAUCCCACAUCCUGAACUAAUUUGGAGGAAGGGCGCAAAUAAUCAUAUAAAUGGUUCUCUUGGCAGACAUCGUCUUUUGCCUGACGGUUCUCUGCAGAUAAUUGGCGUAACUAGUGAUGAUGCUGGAAAUUACACUUGCUCCGCUAAAAAUGGAGUUUCUACACGAAUUCAACUAGAAGUGAAAGAUGGUUUGGUGACAGCUGCCGACGUCGUCAGGGUCAAUCCUUACAUGCAAGUACACCUGAACUCGCCUGCCAUCCUGCACUGCUACGCAAUGGGCUGGCCGCGGCCUUCUGUGACGUGGUGGCGUGGCGAACGCAUGGUUCCGAUGGCCAGCAAGGGACAUCAGCAGUAUCUCAAUGACUUCACCCUGCUCAUCAAAUCGGUCACUCCUGAGGACCUCGGACCCUACACCUGUCUGGCCUACAACGGCAUGGGAAAGGCUACGUCGUGGACGAUCACAGUGCAGGGCUACAAAGCAGCAGAUGCCAUCUUCUUGGGCUCGGAGGAUUACUUCCAGUAUCUGGUCGAACCAUUUGAACCUGACCAUUCUAAAAUGACACUUCCAGCAACUACACCACUUUUUAGAGAUCCCACUGUGCGCGUUGUUGCAGAGGGAGGUGAGUGCACCCUUAGAUGCAGUUUGAACAGUGGCAUCCCACAUCCUGAACUAAUUUGGAGGAAGGGCGCAAAUAAUCAUAUAAAUGGUUCUCUUGGCAGACAUCAUCUUUUGCCUGACGGUUCUCUGCAGAUAAUUGGCGUAACUAGUGAUGAUGCUGGAAAUUACACUUGCUCCGCUAAAAAUGGAGUUUCUACACGAAUUCAACUAGAAGUGAAAGAUGGUUUGGUGACAGCUGCCGAGAUCGUCAGGGUCAAUCCUUACAUGCAAGUACACCUGAACUCGCCUGCCAUCCUGCACUGCUACGCAAUGGGCUGGCCGCGGCCUUCUGUGACGUGGUGGCGUGGCGAACGCAUGGUUCCGAUGGCCAGCAAGGGACAUCAGGAGAAUCGUAAAGACUUCACCCUGCUCAUCAAAUCGGUCACUCCUGAGGACCUCGGACCCUACACCUGUCAGGCCUACAACAGCAUUGGAAAGGCUACGUCGUGGACGAUCACAGUGCAGGGCUACAAAGCAGCAGAUGCCAUCUUCUCGGGCUCAGAGGAUUACUUCCAGUAUCUGGUCGAACCAUUUGAACCUGACCAUUCUAAAUUGACACUUCCAGCAACUACACCACUUUUUAGAGAUCCCACUGUGCGCGUUGUUGCAGAGGGAGGUGAGUGCACCCUUAGAUGCAGUUUGAACAGUGGCAUCCCACAUCCUGAACUAAUUUGGAGGAAGGGCGCAAAUAAUCAUAUAAAUGGUUCUCUUGGCAGACAUCGUCUUUUGCCUGACGGUUCUCUGCAGAUAAUUGGCGUAACUAGUGAUGAUGCUGGAAAUUACACUUGCUCCGCUAAAAAUGGAGUUUCUACACGAAUUCAACUAGAAGUGAAAGAUGGUUUGGUGACAGCUGCCGAGAUCGUCAGGGUCAAUCCUUACAUGCAAGUACACCUGAACUCGCCUGCCAUCCUGCACUGCUACGCAAUGGGCUGGCCGCGGCCUUCUGUGACGUGGUGGCGUGGCGAACGCAUGGUUCCGAUGGCCAGCAAGGGACAUCAGGAGAAUCGUAAAGACUUCACCCUGCUCAUCAAAUCGGUCACUCCUGAGGACCUCGGACCCUACACCUGUCAGGCCUACAACAGCAUUGGAAAGGCUACGUCGUGGACGAUCACAGUGCAGGGCUACAAAGCAGCAGAUGCCAUCUUCUCGGGCUCGGAGGAUUACUUCCAGUAUCUGGUCGAUCCAUUUGAACCUGACCAUUCUAAAUUGACACUUCCAGCAACUACACCACUUUUUAGAGUGCCUGUAAGAGUCAACCUGACGUCACCAAGAACUUCGUAUGCACUUUACACAAAUUUGAUAAUCCAUUGUGAUGUAGAAGGCUACCCCAUUCCGCAAGUUGCUUGGUUCAAGGACGGCCAGCAACUUGAGUCUAGUACUGAGCGAAUGCAGAUCUCAGAAAAAACCUUGUUCAUCAAGAUGGUUGAAUUCGCGGAUGCUGGCGCUUACAAAUGUGAAGCUAGAAAUGAGAAUAGCUACGACAGUGGCACCGUCACCAUCACCAUAUUCUCUGAUCAACAAAUCCACCCUAAAUGCCAUGACAGUCCAAUGUUCGCCAACUGCAAACUGAUUGUGAGGGGCCAGUACUGUACACACAAGUACUACAAAAAAUUGUGCUGCCGCUCUUGCACUAAAGAUGGACAGCUGCCUCUGAACGGCGCCCACCUCAAAGCCAAUUCUCUUUGAAAUUUCCAUGACGCAAAUUGAGCUUAUUUUAGUAAUUUUUUUUUCAUGGUGUGUCAAAUAUUUUUUUAAGCAUAGUCGUAUUUUAUCAAUCAAACUUGAUACCCAGUGUAGGUUGGUGUAGGUUUAUUUCUUUGCUGCUUAUAGUUAUUGUAGCCUUUGAUUGAUGCAAAUAAGGGCAGUCAAAUGCAAGCAAUUAAUUUUCAUUUGAGCAGGUGCAAAUGAUGACCUUUGUGCCAUUUAAUUUUUGAUUGAAUGAAUGUCUAAAGUUUUAGGUAAUCUUAAUCUGUUUUUACUCAAUUAAAAUAUUAAUGCUAUUUCACAAGAAGAAAAUUUUGACAAAUGAAGAGAUUUUGCGAUUUUACAAUUCAGCCAAAUUCAAGAAAAAGUUCCGCGAGCUUAACAAGAUUCAACCUGAUUUCAUCUCUCCAGAUAUCUUUGUCAUUGAGAAAUAAAAUGAUUAUUUUACUCAUUUAUUUUGUAUGGCGUAGUGUCACCCAAAGCAAAAAUAUUUAAUAAAUUGA